UACAUCAUAUUCCAUUUCGCUUAUCGUGGUUUUGCAUCAUUGACAUAAUUUUUCUGCCAAUCGGUUCCUGUGGGACAUGCAUGAUGCUGUUUCGCAUCUGUCAUCACUAUGCAUUCGAUUCCGGGCUACUUAGGUAGUCGGCAGGGAUGGAAUUCAGGUUCCUUAUCUAUUUCUCCUUAUAUUUCCUUAUUUUGUCAUUCCAUGUAUUUCUUACGGGGUUUACGGGGCUACGGGUCCGGGUACCUUAUAGACUUGGGAAGGAAAGAAAAUUGCCGGAAUCGGAUCAGCAAUGACUUUUUUUUUUUUUUGCUUUCAACAGCGCUACACUUAUUUUUAAUGGCCUUCUCGUCUGUAUAAUUUUCGUCUCUGCCGUCAAUUAGGCAGUAUCUAUUAUCUUACACCCGUUGCACUUGCCGGGUGCUGUACGAUUCUGGCCGGGAAACAAAAGCACGAUGAGACGAA